UUCUCGCAUGAUACCUAUAGAGUAUCUAUCCACUCUGCCACUUUCUUUUAUCUCCAUCAUCAUUUUCAGGUAUUCCAAGAGUUGCUGGACAACAUUAGCAACUAACUAAUGUGAAGCAUUUUCAUAGGAAAGCACCUCGUAUGCCUUCUUUGCUCUCACACGAGCAAAACGCUUUCGAGGAUUUGAAAUGGACGAAAAGAAUACGUCCGAAGCAGCUACAUCAAAAUUCAGAAGCUGCAUCCUUGCAAAUCUCAUUUCAAGUUUUCCAAGAGCGGCGGCCUUCAAGAUCACCAGAGCCUUUGCUUAGUCACACCACAUCGAACAUCACACUACAAGAAAAAUUUCCCAUCAGGCUCGUCACUUUCUUCAUUCGACAACGCAUUCCUGUACUGUACCACGAUGGCAAACCUACCGAGUAAUUCCAUCAACUCAACAUCCACUCCACCAUGGCCUCCCGGCGAGUUCACGUUGAGACCCUCAACUACAGGACCGGAGGGUUCCAUCCCGUGCAUCUGAACGAUGUCUUCAAGAAAGGCCGAUACACCGUAAUACAUAAGCUUGGACAUGGAGGAUUCGCGACUGUUUGGCUUGCUCGCGAUAGUAUCCGUCAGCGAUACGUUGCACUGAAGAUCUUGGCAGCACGUCUAUCACGUGACUGUCCUGAAAUCGAGACUUUGAGACGACUUCGGAACAGUGAGAACCACGAAGGGAAGACUUAUGUGAUGAGCUUGCUUGAUCACUUCUGGAUUAAUGGCCCGAACGGUAAACACUUAUGUGUUGUUAGUGAGGUUGCCGGUACGAGUAUCAAGCAAUUCAAUGAAUGUCCGGGGUUCAAAAGCGGUACGAGGAGAUUGAGAGCAGAGGUAGCAAGAAGUGUUGCUCUACAAGCAGCAAAAGGCUUAGCUUUCAUUCACUUUACUGGAACUGUCCAUGGUGACUUCACGACUGCGAACAUCCUUCUUCAGAUCGCAAACAUUGACGAGUGGUCUAUCGAUCAGAUCCAUGAACGACUUGGCUUUCCGCAAACACAGGGUCUCCAUCGCGUCCAGGGUGCAAAUGAGGAUACAUCCGCGCCCAAAUACACUGUCGAAGCAAUAAGCAUGAAGCAAGUUGAUCCGCAAUGGCUCUCGGAUCAGAUCAUGAUCAUCGACUUUGGCAUCUCAUUUUUGGAGGUAUACUCAUCAUCUGAUUAUGGAACGCCAAAGAGUUAUUGUGCCCCUGAAUUCAACUUUGAUACGAAACGAAGUAUGAAAUCGGAUAUCUGGGCACUCGGCUGCACUAUUUAUGAGAUACGAACAGGUUCUUGCUUAUUUGGAUACAGAGGGCAACCCACGCGAAACCAAAUUCUUGCAUCAAUUGUGCAGAUAAUGGGACCGUUACCGGACUUGUGGUGGGAUACUUGGGACGAAGGUCGGAAGUGGUACGAAGACUCAAUUGCUCAAGAUGGUCAGCUUUGCAAAUUUCCGCAAGGGAAACUUCAUGAAUGUAUCAUGGAGAUCGGUUUGAGAGACGGCGACGCCACCACGUCAUCCUCUAAGCUCAGAAAUAUAGAAAUUAAGGGCGACACUCCUCCUAACGUGGAUAAGAGGAAGUCUUCCACCUCCCAGAUGCAUCAGGUCAGCACGAGUCAUCUCGUCGCCCUGGUGGAAGAGCUUACCACUAGUGAAGCAGCAGAAGUGAUGGAACUUGUCAACAAGCCUAACACAGAAUCGUCGGAAGACAAACCACAGUCUGGCUCCUCUGGCGAAAAACCGAACUCAGGCUCAUCGGGAGAGAAACCCAAUUCUGGCUCAUCCGGCGAGAAAGCGAAUUCGGGCUCAUCCAACAAAAAUCAAUAUGGUUCAGGUUCCUCGGGCUCAAAGGGCACAGAUAAGACUGUUUCAUCAGAAGGACUUUCCACAGGCUCGUCUCACCCACUAGGUAUUCCAUUAGGAAGUAUUACCGACGAGGGACAUCAGAAACCAAAAACGCCGGAGCAAGUACUAUCGCCGAAACCUACGAUCGACUUCCUUGAGCCUGCUGGAGUCACCAUCUCUGUUCUUGAAGGCAACGAUCUCGAAAGUCUUUUGAGAGAGACUUUACAAUUCCUUCCCGAAGAUCGUCCUGGACCAGCGGAAUUGUCAGCACAUCAUUGGUUUCAUGACAAGUAUGGAGUCGCUGUGGUGAAGCUUGUGGCGCCGGCAACUUGAGAGAGCGAAGAAUGUUAGCAAGUGUGCAUCUCAAAAUCAGCGACAACGCCGGAUUAGUAGGGCAAUAUCAGUAUUUCAGGGUAUUUAUUUUGUGUUUGGGUCAUCUUAAUUUGGAUUAAACAAGAAAGUUUCAAUAUACCACGGGCCGCAGCCAUUAACGUUCUAUUUGGUAGCCCCCGUACAAUAAUAAAAAGCGAAUUUCUUCUCGGGGUGGCAGUGUUUGCUGUUCAUUAAAACUCUAUCGAAACACUUU